CUGAGGGGAGUAGCAGCUGCACCAAGCCUCUGUCCUGAUCCCGUGACAGCAAGGCCAGCAGUCCCGGGACUGGGGACAUAAAAGGAAGGAAGAGCUGACAGUUUUGUGAGGUAACUUCAAAUUGGGAGAGUAGGCAAGCGGGUGCCUGGCUGGCUAGGCUGGGGUAUUUGAGGGGUUCCGGAAGAGCAAGCAGCAGGGAAGCCUCUGAUGCCUCCAGUUGGUGCAGCCAGCUGCCCUCCUCCAGACUGCUCCAUGCAGCUGAAUUCAGGAUAGUCAUGACAAAAGAAGCCAAAGGUGCCAGCUGUCUGUGUCCUUGUCUUACACCCUGAAAUAAUGGCACUGAAAGAAAAGGGGCCCCAGACUUCAACACAGUUGCAAGGGCAGGGAAUACCACUCCAUCCCUUUCCCAGUUGCCAAUGGUCCAGCUGACAGCCACCCCAGCAAGUGCCCUUGCAGAUGAACCAGUGCACAUCCGAGUGACGGGCCUGCACCCGUUGCAGAUGGUGACCCUAAUGGCGUCUCUGAAGGAUGAGAAGGGGAAUGUGUUCUGGUCCAGAGCCUUCUAUAAGGCCAACGAGGUUGGUGAGCUGGACCUAAUGCAGACUCCUGCAUUCGGAGGUGACUACGUGGGGGUUCACCCGAUGGGCCUCUUCUGGUCUCUGAAGCCCAAGAAGGCUUUCCAGAGGCUGCUGAAGAAGGAUGUGAUGAACAGCCCCUUUUGGAUCACUCUGAACCUAUAUGACUCCGUUUGUUUUGAAGAUGUCAUCACAGAUCAGGUCAUGGCCAGCCAGGUGGUACAGCGCUGGUUCUCAGGCCCUGGGUUACAACGGGUGCAGAUCCGAGAAGGUCGGGUGCGAGGAGCCCUUUUUCUGCCUCCAGGGGAAGGUCCUUUCCCAGGAGUCAUUGAUUUGUUUGGGGGCAGAGGGGGUCUGGUUGAAUUUCGGGCCAGUCUUUUGGCUGCACGUGGCUUUGCGGUGCUUGCAUUAGCAUAUUUUGGCUAUGAAGAUCUGCCCAGUGACCUGCUGGAGAUUGACCUGGAAUAUUUUGAGGAAGCUGCCAACUUGCUACUAGCUCAUCCCAAGGUCCAAACGCCAGGAAUCGGGGUGAUCUCUGUGAGCAAAGGUGCAGAGAUUGGGCUGGCCAUGGCCUGCUUCCUGAAGCAGGUGGUAGCCACCAUCUGGAUCAAUGGGACCAAUGCCAUUUUUGAAUUUCCACUCAGGUACAAAGAUAUGGUAAUAACACCCAUCCCCACGUUUGUAGAGCGCAUACAGUUGGACAUCUCAGGGGCUAUGCGUCUCCGCCACUACAAGGGGGAUCCCUGGGAUGAACUGAAUCAGCAGAGCGUGCUUCCUAUUGAAAAGGCCCUGGGUUCGAUCCUCUUCAUUGUUGGAGAGAAUGAUGAAUGCCUGAAUAGCAGGGAGUAUGCCCAGCAGGCCUUGCACCAGCUGCGGAGCCACGGGAAAAACAACGGAAGGAUGCUGUUAUACCCUGGGGCGGGCCAUCUCAUAGAGCCGCCCUAUUUACCCCUGUGUUACGCUUCCCCAAACAAGAACUUUUCUUGGCCUUUGCUCUGGGGAGGGGACCCUGCUGCCCAUGCCGCAGCCCAGGAGCACUCCUGGGGAGAGAUCCUGAAAUUCUUCAGGCAGCACCUUACUCAAACCAGGAGCAAACUCUGAACCAGGGCUAAGGGUGAUGAUGAAAUGAGACAAAAAAAUGAGAAGGCAGGGAUAUGAUGGGAAGAGGGAGUUCUCCUGACUUCUGUAGAUUUCAUAGUUAUCCUGGGUCAAUGGGAAGGAAAUAGGACAAAAAAUCAAGGAACAAGGGCACAGGUGCACCUGAAGUAUUUCUGACAAAUUUGUACGUGACCUGAAUUUUUAAUAAACUGAAUCUUCGUUUAUAUGCACCAGGGUACAUUGCUAUCUCAAUCUUGCAAUACCCUUGCAAAUUGAAUAAUCUUUUGUUUCCCAAGUAGGAAUACCUUGGAUCCAGGUAUUGUCAAUCUACAUGAAUUUCCUGGGACUUCCAAGUUACUUGUGGAAAAACAUUUUCUGUUUAAAAUUGAAUUUCUGACAUUUGAAAUGAAAAGUUCUAAUGGCACCAUCAAAUGUAAUGCUUGUUAUAGAUUUCCAAAGCAUACUUUAUUUUUGUAUAAAGCCCAGGAUAGUGAUGUUUCUUUUUACUCCUAAAAUAUAUUUCUUUUUAUAAUUUUAAUCAGGAAUGGGAUUGAAUUUAAUCACAUGCCUUUGUAGCACUUAUUGAAAUUGUUAAUGAAAUUAGUUAAUAUUUUUAAAACAACUACAGCAGUUAAGGUAUGUAGCAAUUACUCUAUCAGAAUUGGCUGCAAUUAUUUCCAUAAUGCUUUCCUCCUUCAGUCUAUUAGUGUGGUGAAUUACAUUCAUUAAUGGACUUAAUGUUGCUUUUGCACCUAAUUUUACCAGAUUAUUUUCUCAUAUUGACUAAUUUGGGUUUGUAAAAAAAUUUUUGGAGUCAAUAUGGUCAUUCCUAUUUUCUCAGCAUUUUGCCCAUAUAUUCUAGAACACAUUUUUUUGCUAAUAAUUUUGCACAUAUCCCCUUUUAUCUGCAUGCUUUCCCUUUUUCCCUCUCAGUCUGACUUGACAAAUAUUUUUCUAUUUUAUUAAUAUUUUCCAAGAACAGUUUUGAUUUGUUUUUUUGGUCUUUUCCUCCUGAUUCCUUGAUUUCUGUUGUCUUAAAAUAAAUUCAUUCCUUCUGCUAUAUUUUUUGUUGUUGUUUAUUUUUCUGGCAGUGUUCUCAUUUUGUUGAUUUCCAAAUAGUUUUUGAUUUACCUACCCCCCCAUCCCACCUCCACCUUAAACCCAAAAGUAACUUUACCAAAGUAUCAUACUGUAGAUACUAUUUAUUAUAAGGGGGAAGGAGUGAGAAACUUUGCAGUGGAGGAUCAGAUUGUUACCACCUGAACCCACUGGUCAAACUUAGCAUCUCUUAAAAUGGUCAUUUUUACAUAAUGUGCUUCAUGAUGUGGAGUGUCUGGCACUACUUGGAUGACUUAUAAAACACUAUUAAACUUGAACCUAGUCAAACCUUUUGAUCAAAUUUAUUGAUACAGUGGCUAAAGACCAGUUAAAAAAUCCUGCAAAGAGACAAAUCCAGGUUGUGGGUCAUUCUAUGACCUGGUCUCAUUUUAAGUUAACAACUCACCUGGUUUCUUCACAAGUUAGUUGCAUGAAAAAAUUUGGGAUUUUUUUCAUUGUGGGAUCCCCCCUCCUCCGCCCUUUUUUUGCAUUGGAAUGAGCUGUGGGACAAUCAAGCAUUAAAAGAGGCUUAAGAAAAAAAGAGACUUAAGACACAUAUCAACCAAAUGCUAUUUGUGGGCUGGGUUUGAGCACAGUGACUGUAAAAAGACAUUUUUGAGACAAUUAAAAAAAUCUGAAUAUGGACUGGAUAUUAAAUGACAUUAUGAAAUUGAUAUUAUCUUGUUAGGCAUCAUGAUGGUAUUGCGGUUAUAUAAAGAUCACUUUUAGAUAAAGAUGAAUACGGACAUAUUUACAGGUGAAGGGUUGCAAUGUCUGGGAAUUGUUUUAAUACAGAAAUAUGGCAAAAUGUGAAUAAUUAUUACUUCUAGAUUAUGGCUAUAUUGAGGUGUAAUAUUUUUUAUGUGUGGAUGCAAUUUUUCAUAAUGAAAAGGUAAAAAAAUAAAAGAUACAAUCAAUAUAUUUACCUUUCUCCCUCCAAAGUCAAUAACUUUAGCAUAUCUAAAUCUUUUUCUUCAUAACAAUCCCAUUAAUUUCAAAUUAUUGAUUUGUUUUAAAAUAAAUACAUAUUUAACAUAACUAUGCUUUAAUGUGUCUUUGCUCCUUAUAGUUUCUUACAGGCUGUCUUCUAAAUUCUUGAUUUUAUCUUCUGCUUGGCCAUU